CUGCAUUUUAUAUAUUGCUUCCGCAUUUGCCAACACCAUUUUUAUCAAACUCCGAAAAUAUUUUCAAACGCCUUAUUCAGCCCCCCCCCCCCCCUCUAAGGCGUGGGCACAACGACUAAAAUGACUAAUAAUUGAUAUCAGAGCAGGAAGUUUGAUCCUUUCACACUCAUUCUUUACGUCUUUUUACGACACAUGGAUUCAAUGAACUCCCAAAGCAUUACUAAGCCACCAUUCUUCAAUGGGGAUAACUAUGGUUAUUGGAAAAUGCGAAUGGAGAAUUUCAUUCAAUCUAUUGACUAUGAUUUAUGGAUAGUCACUACUCAUGGUCCGUUUGUUCGUAUGACAACUGUAUGUGAACACCAAGUUCCUACUCCAAUGGACAAACUCACCACCGACGACAAGAAAAAACUCUCCUUGAAUGCCAAAGCAUUAAACGUGUUGGUUUGUGCCUUGGGUCAAGAUGAGUUUGCUAGGGUGAGCUCUUGCAAAUCCGCAAAGGAAGCAUGGAAGCUCCUAGAAGCCACUCAUGAAGGAGAUAAAGACACAAAAGCUACCAAGAUAGCUUUAGGAACAUCCGAGUAUGAAAACUUCAAGAUGAAGGCUGGAGAAUCUGUUCAAGAUAUGAACAAACGAUUCAACCUCAUUGUCAACAAUUUGAGUAAGCUAAAUAAAGUUUAUCCUACUAGUGAGAUUAACACCAAGAUUAUAUUCUCUCUUCCUAGAGAGUGGCAUAGUCUUGUUGUAAACUUGUUGCCCAAAUGUGCGGAUGUUGAAACCUCCACCAUUUGGAGGAGCCUAUACUCUCACGAGCUUCUUUUGAAGAAAAUGAAGGAAGAAGAACAGGUUCCUAUCAUCAAGAAGACCAUGGCACUCAAAAUUGAUGAUCAUCCGGUGAGCGAAGGAGAAAGUGAUGAGGAGCUUGCCAUGUUCAAGAGAUACAAGAAGUUUAUGAAAUGGAACAAGGGCGAAUCCUCAAAAAGAUUUACAUCAAAUAAAGGUAAACCUAAUAAAAUAACUUGCUAUGAAUGUGGAAAUGUAGGUCAUAUCAAAUCGGAGUGCCCAAAGCUCAAAAAGAAGGAAGAGCUGAAAAAGGGGAAGAAGAAGGCACUAAAAGUCACUUGGGACGAUCUAAACUCCGACGAAAGUGAUAGUGACCAAAGCCAAGAAGAGAAUGCAAAUGCUUGUUUCAUGGCCUCCAAUGAUGAAGAAGAGGAAUGCUCGAAUCACCAAAACAAACCUUAUGGCAUGCUUCCUACCCACAUCUUUGCCAAGAGGGAAAUUCUUGAGGUGCGCCUGUCCCGCGUCCGCUAUCUUGACGCGGAGUGCCUUGGCUAUUGUGGCCUUGUAAAGAUUGGAGAGGAGUACUACAUGAAGAAGGAGUUCCAGAAUCUUGAUGAAGCUACACGAGCGGAGUAUGGCCCUCAACGAUCAUUGUCCUCCGUGCCAUCCACUUCACGCGCACCAAAGGCCGAUGCCGAAGACAAUGCCAACAGGGAGGUCCCCGUUCGUGCUCCUCGGGUCAAACGCUCAAAGUCGGCGUCUCAUGCUUUCUCGGCCUCUCUCUUGCAUUGUCACUCUCAAAUGGCUUCCACUUCCAAAAACCCCUUCAAGAAGUUCAAGAAAUUCAUCCUCAAGACCGUAAUGGCUCCGAUGAAGAACAUUCAAGAAAGCCUCGAUGACCUAUCGGAUCGGAUGAAGAAGAUGGAGGACCGCGGCCUCACUGAGUCAAAGUCGUACGCUAGUGUGUUUGCCCAUAAUGAGUACAGCCUUGUGGCGUUUCCACCGUCUCUCAAAUGUUGGAAAUCCAAGUUUGUCAUUGUCUCUAGAUUAACCGGGGAUCGACAACCUUUUUUGGCGAGGUUUCCUGCAUGCCGCUCCUUCCUCCGUCAUCAUCAUCCUAAGGCCACUCUAGAGCUUCUCAAGUAUGCCAAGAAGUUAUUUGCACAUUGUCACCCGAAUCCUCCCCAUGUGCACGCGAUCUAUAUAAGAAAGAAUAUGGGUAAAACUGAGCUCCUUGUUUUGCUUGACUGCCAAUAUGAGCUUGUCAGGGUGGUUAGAGGGGAAGACCAAGGUGAGGCCUUGAAGAUACGCACGCUAGCAGCAUACCGAAGAGGAGGAGGGUCACUAGAGACGCUCCUAGUUGAGUGCACGCCCAAAUCCAAAGGCAGGAAGUUUGCUCCCCAAGGAACUGAUAUUGAGCUUACGGAGGCUAUCCCUCGUCAGAACUUGGCUGAGCUCGAGAAGGACCAAGUUGUGGCCAAAUUUGUGGAGUCCCCUGCGUUCAAGGAGGUGUUGGUGGAAAAUUUUCCUAAGUACUUUGAUGAGUGGGGGAAGACUGAGGUCGGCUUGCAAAAGACUGAUGACGAAGGCAAGAAAUGGUUUGAGGUUCGCGUCUACCAUGAGAUCGAGUUUGUCCUUCGCCCUACUUCGGGAGACAUGACACUCCCCGAGUAUCGACAGAAGUUUACCAGACUUGCUAAGUUUGCACCAACCUUAGUGAGUACCCCAACCGAUCGCAUCGAGGAAUUCAGGAAGAAACUUCGACCUGACCUCAGGUCGCGUGUGUCCGUCCUAACCACCGUGGAUUUCGCAGAGGCCUACGAUCUCAUAGCCAGGGCAGACAGCGACUUGAGUGCUUGCAUUGAGUAUCUAAAGACAAAUAAUGUCAAUUCAAACACUCACCGUCCCAUCAGCUCUGUCUCAAAAGGAAAAAGGCCCCUUCAGGAAUCUAGCAAUUCACACUUCUCAAAGAAAGGGAAAUCGGUGCAGACGCACUCUGUGGCGUCGGAAAACAAAUCAAGAGGGUGGAAACACCCAUUGUGCGAUACAUGUGGGAGACAUCAUCCAGGCGAGUGUUGGCUUGCCCAAGGAUUAUGUCUAGGUUGCGGCAAACCUGGACAUUUUCGAAGGGAUUGCCCCACUAAUCCUGGCAAACCAUUUUCGACAGCCCCAGUUAUCAGUCAAUCAGCAUCAGCACGACCUACGCCAAGUCAACGAUCAACGGCGGGAUCUAAUCCGACCAAGAACCAGAGUCAGCAACAGGGACGAGCUCCUGCUCAUACUUAUGCAGUGAAGGCACGAGCUGAGGAAAACCCUGACCUCAUUCAGGGUAUGUUUUCCUUAUUUGAUUCUGUCAUGCAUGUGUUGAUAGACCCUGGAUCUACGUUAUCUUAUAUCUGCGUGCCUAUGCUUGACAAGGCUGACAUAAUGAAAGAAAACUUAGAACAACCUAUACUAGUGUCUAACCCGUUAGGACAUAGUAUGAGGUUAAAUCAUGUGUAUCAAGACUGUCCAUUGAUUGUUGAAGGACAUCAGUUCUCUGCCAAUCUUGUCGAAUUACCGUACAAAGAAUUUGACAUUAUCCUCGGAAUGGAUUGGCUCAACGAACACCAAGCAAUUAUCGAUUUCCAACGACAACGAUUCAACUAAAGUCUGGAGAGGGAAGUCUAUAAAGGUGAAAGAGAAUCUAACACCUAGAUCCACUGAAUUCAUCUCGUACAUACACGCUAGGCGUCUCAUUCGAAAGAAAUGUGAAGCUUAUCU